AUGCUUUCGGCCGUUUUAAAAGUCGGCCAAGGAUCCGCCCCGGAUAUCUUGACGCCAUUUUUAGGGAAGCGGGAUCAUUACGACGGCAUUGACGCGACGACAAACGACUUCGGGAAUCGACCGGAAGUACUGGUCGACUCCAAUUAUUCGGCGGAUUUCGAACUCUGCGGGAUUUUGACUCAGAGUGACGACAUCUUUCUGGAAAUGAGCAAAUUUAAAAUCAACUGA